UGAUUUAUGGUUGCCAAAGGAAUAUGGCAGCGGGUAUGGAUUUUUCACCUCCAUUUAUAACCAUAGAAGGUGUUUAUAGUAAGGAUAAUGUAUCAGACAUGGAAAAUGAAAAUCUGGAUAAUGUGAAACAAGUCACUCUUGGUAAACCUCAGCGCCACCUCUCAGUUAUGAACCAUUGUGUGAGUCCAGCAUGGCUGAUUGCCGAGGCUAAUUUGGAAUUGGAUGUUGGUAUUGUAGUCCACAAAUCAUCUUCCGAUGAAAAAACUGAGUUUUUGCCUGUGUUGCGAUCAGGAAGCUGUGCUGAAAUAGGACCCAAACAGUAUAUGGAGGAUGAACACAUUUGCAUAGAUGAUCUUAUUGGACAUCUGGGGGCAACUGCAGAGUUCCCUUCUCCAGGAGCUUUCUAUGGGUAUUGAGGAAGGUUUGGCUGUGGUGUUUGGAGCACAUUCCGUUUCAUGAAAAAGGGAAUCUGGAGAUUUUAUCCAGGCCAAAAAGAGAAAAAAAAAAGCAGCUUGAUCUUAUGGUAGCAAUACGACAAGUUUUUAAACAUUACACAAUCCUUUUUCCCCAGAUGCACAUUACUUAUAGUAAUUUUUCUCCCUUCGACCUGCUGCCUCCUUAUAACUUGCUACUUCAUGGCUAAGUUUAAGAUGUCUAUACAUUUCCGUUCUAUUAUUUGUACAAUUACCCUGAAAGGUGGUUUAGGAAUCAUAGUUGACAAUACUCAUUAACUGAUUCUUGCCAAUACAUGUGGACAUGUUUUUGAUGGUCAUGGAGGAACAGAUGCAGCUCUAUUUAUUAGGAAGAAUAUCCUUAAAUUCAUAGUUGAAGACUCUCAUUUUCCCAUUCUUGUGGAGAAGGCAAUUAAGAGUGCUUUUCUGGAAGCCGAUUUUGCAUUUGCAGAUGCUAGUUCUCUUGAUAUAUCUUCUGGUACCACUGCAUUAACUGCACUUAUUUUUGGAAGGACCUUGAUAAUUGCAAAUGCUGGGGAUUGUCGAGCUGUGCUGGGAAGGCGAGGUAGAGCAAUUGAAAUGUCCAAGGACCACAAACCUAAUUGUACUUCUGAAAGACUAAGAAUUGAGAAACUUGGCGGAGUUGUUUAUGAUGGCUACCUCAAUGGUCAAUUAUCUGUGGCACGUGCACUUGGAGACUGGCACAUGAAGGGGCCAAAAGGAUCUGCCUGUCCUUUAAGUGCAGAGCCAGAGCUGUAGGAGACAGACCUGAGUGAGGAUGACGAAUUCUUGAUAAUGGGAUGUGAUGGGCUGUGGGAUGUUAUGAGCAGCCAGUGUGCUGUGACUAUGGCAAGGAAGGAGCUGAUGCUUCAUAAUGAUCCUGAAAGAUGUUCAAGAGAGCUUGUCAGGGAGGCACUGAGGCGCAAAAGUUUUGAUAAUUUAACAGUAAUUGUGGUUUGUUUCUCUGUUGAUCCUCCACCUUGAACAGAAAUAGCACAAUCCUGUGUCCGGUGGAGCAUAUCAGCAGAAGGACUGAAUUUACUGAAGGGUGUACUGUAUUGUAACUGAUGAAACAGGGGAUGGUUGAAAGAGUCUGUGCAUAAACACAUUGGAUGGCGAAAUGGUCAUGGCAUUUUUCCCCCAAGUAGCUUCUGCUGUCCCCUUCACUGUGGCUAACAUCCAUCCUCAUUAAGGGACAUCCUUAUCAUGUAGAAUAUGAUUCUUAUUGAGUUUUUAAAUCCUCUACAUCUGAGAUAACUCAUGCUGUACCGAUUGGCAGGAUUCAUUGUUCAACCCGUCUUUCUUUCUUUCUUUCUUUCUUUCGUUCUUUCCUAUUCAUCUUCUUACUUUCUGUAAAUAAACUGAAUCUUGAGAGAUAUGUUCUAGGCCUAGCACUCUUUCUGUAAAUCAAAUAAUUAAGUACUAUCAUUGACCAUUCCAUUGGUUAUUGUUGUCUGGCGGUACCCUGCCCAUUCUUGAGAUGAAGGAUUUUCCCAACAACUAGCCACAUGCAAAUUUGAUUGGUCAUCUCCUGGUUUGUCAGAGUUCAAUUUCAUUACACGAGUUAAAAAUCGGGAUGAGUUUUGGUCUGAGAGUCUGAUUGCAUCGAGAACCAGAGAAUUUUUUAGCAAUCGGACCGCCAUUAUUGUUGUAGUGUUGAAACUCCGAAAAGGCUUGAGUAGUAGGGAAAACAACAAUAGCACUCUAGCAUCCAUGCCUUUUGCUGCUGGAUAUCUAUCAAUCCAACUGUGGAACCAUGCGACAAAGGGCAGGAAAGAGUAAUAAUAUAAUAUUAGUACUCUUUUUGCUUAGGAAAAAGAAUACUGUAUAUAGCUAUAUCAAGCCCGAAAAACAAGGGGACCGCCAUUCUCACGCCGAGCUUUUCGCUUUCACACAUCCUCAACCACCGCCGCAAAACUAAACCUCACACGUGCAGCCAACGUGCUCUAAUUAAAGCACCGACCCCCCCCCCCCCUUUUUUUUAAGAUAAAAAAGAAGAAAUGAAGAAACGAAGGGAUCACUGGCUGUUACCCUAAAAAACCUCACAGCCGCUGAGUCAUCCAGUCCCGAGCAUCUUCGAAGUUGUUGCCGUGGAGAUCGACGGCUGUGAUAUGGCUUGCACGAUAAACGUUAAGAAAGGCUUGCUAUAAGGUGGAAACUUAACUGGAACUGGAAGAAGAAUACUAAACCAAAAAAAGAGAGAGAGAGAACGGUAAACGGGAAAGCGAAGAGCUGAUGCAUCGCUUUACCCACCAAACACUUAUUUUUGUCGAUUAAGUUUGUCUGGAUUCAAACCUUUACUAAUCCUAAUCAUCGAUCUCUCUCUGAAGUUUCAUUCCUGCAAUAACUAUUUUCCUUUCACCGGGAGCUGCCGUAACUUGGCCUCAUCAUGAUAUACUCGUGGGGAAGGAAAAACGAGUAGUUUAUGCUACGGAUUUUCUGGCUCUAGUAUUCACUGGAUUUCAAGGAAUGGAAUAUUAUCAAGCACUUUUCACCAUUUCCCAUGGUCAUCUGCU